UUAGGAAGAAAACUAACUGGAAAAAAAUGAAGUUCCUUCUCUUCAUAUUUGCUGGUGUUCACCUUUUACCCCUGAACUCCGGAAAAGCUACAUACAGGCAUGACAGCUCUCAGAGGACUUUUCAAGAAAUAAAAGAAGAAAUAGCCCACUAUGGAGAUGUUGCUAAAGCAAUAAUAAACCUUGCUGUUUAUGGUAAAGCCCAGAACAGGUCUUAUGAGCGACUGGCACUUCUGGUUGAUACUGUUGGACCCAGGUUGAGUGGCUCCAAGAGCCUAGAAAAAGCCAUCCAAAUCAUGUACCAAAACCUGAAGGAAGAUGGGCUGGAGAAUGUCCACCUGGAGCCAGUUAAAAUACCUCACUGGGAAAGGGGAGAAGAAUCUGCUAUGAUGCUGGAGCCGAGAAUGCACAAGAUGGCUAUUUUGGGCCUUGGCAGCAGCAUUGGGACGCCUCCAGAAGGCAUUACAGCAGAAGUUCUGGUGGUGACCUCUUUCGAUGAACUGCAGAGAAGGGCCUCAGAAGCAAGAGGGAAGAUUGUUGUUUAUAAUCAGCCUUAUACCAGCUACUCCAGGAUGGUGCAAUACCGAGUCAAGGGGGCAGUGGAAGCUGCCAAAGUAGGGGCUUUGGCAUCCCUCAUUCGAUCGGUGGCUUCCUUCUCCAUCUACAGUCCUCACACAGGUGUUCAGGAAUACCAGGAUGGUGUGCCAAAGAUCCCAACAGCCUGUAUUACAGUAGAAGAUGCAGAAUUGAUGUCAAGGAUGGUUUCUCGUGGGAGCAGAAUUAUCAUUCAGCUGAAGAUGGGGGCACAGAACUACCCAGAUGCUAAUUCCUUCAACACUGUAGCAGAGAUCGUUGGUAGCAAGUAUCCAGAUCAGGUUGUACUGGUCAGUGGACAUCUGGACAGCUGGGAUGUUGGUCAGGGUGCCAUGGAUGAUGGUGGUGGAGCCUUUAUAUCAUGGGAAGCACUUUCACUUAUUAAAGAUCUUGGGCUACGUCCAAAGAGGACUCUACGUUUGGUGCUCUGGACUGCAGAGGAACAAGGUGGAAUCGGUGCUUUCCAGUAUUAUCAAUUACACAAGGCAAAUAUUUCCAAAUAUAGCCUGGUGAUGGAGUCUGACUUGGGAACCUUCUUACCCUCUGGGCUACAGUUCACUGGCAGUGAAAAGGCCAGGGCCAUCAUAAAGGAGGUCAUGAGCCUGCUGCAGCCUAUCAACAUCACACAGGUCUUUAGUGCUGGAGAAGGGACAGACAUUAACUUCUGGAUCCAAGCUGGUGUUCCUGGAGCCAGUCUACUUGAUGACUUAUAUAAAUAUUUCUCCUUCCAUCACUCCAAUGGAGACACCAUGACUGUCAUGGAUCCAAAGCAGAUGAAUAUUGCUGCCGCUCUUUGGGCUGUUGUCUCUUACGUCGUUGCAGACAUGGAAGAAAUGUUGCCCAGAUCCUAGCAAGAACAAGAAAUAAGGCCUUUUUGCCCUUUCUGACCAGGAAUCCUGGGUCUUCAGCUUCAGAAAACCCUUCUUCACUAACAAUUUCAUCUGAUUCAUUUUCAAAGCACACUCUUUUUUCAUAUUAUCAUCUGUCUUGAUACUUUCCAAAGUCUCUGUUUCUAGAAUAAUGAAUGAUUUCCACUCCCACAUAGAAUCAACAUAUGGUAAGGAUCACAGUGGGAGCAUUUCUUUAUACCACCUGUAAAAAUAUAUUGUUUCUGUUUUAAUAAGUAAAUACUGGGUAAAUCUUUGGAAGA